AUGUCGUACGAUCAACUCUCAAAUCUCGAGUCCGGGCGCCGCGGCGGUUACAGCGACGACCCAGCUUUCCAAGAACUUCAAUACGAUCUCAAGAGCAAACUUCAAACCCUUCUCAGCAGUAAUAGAAAACUUGCCAACGAUGUCAAUGUCUUGGGAACCCGAAAGGAUACUCCGCGCCUGCGGGAGCGAGUCCACAACAGCAUGGAUAAGACGAGGGAUAUGUGCAGAGAGAUUGGUGAGGGUGUCAAGCGUCUUCAGACAUGGGAGGACUUGACAAAACAACAAAAAUACGAACAAACAAAGGUCUCGAGCGACUUUCAAGCAGCGCUCCAAGAGUUCCAAAGCCUUCAGCGAAAAGCCCUCGAGAAAGAGCGCGCAUCCGUUACCGCCGCUCGUGCGGCACAGGAGGGCGAACCCGCCGAAGGUCCUCAGUCCGGCAAUCAGUUAGAGCAACUACAGCAACAAGAACAAGUCUCUCAGCUCGCACCCCAAGACGAGGUUGAUUUCCAGGAAGCUCUGAUCAUUGAGCGCGAGGAGGAGAUCCGCAACAUCGAGCAGGGUGUCGGCGACUUGAAUGUUCUCUUCCGACAAGUAGCGCAAAUCGUCAAUGAGCAGGGAGAGCAGCUUGGAACGAUUGCGGACAACGUGGAGAACGUCCGUGACGACACGCGGCAAGCCGAUGUUGAGAACCGACAGGCCGCGCGGUAUCAGAAGGCAGCCCGCAACAAGAGCUGCUGCCUGUUGCUGAUCCUCGCCGUCAUUUUGACCAUUGUUAUUCUGGCUAUUGUCCUUGACUAG